AUGCCCGAUAAAAUAUCGGACAGCGCGUGUCAGCUUGCGAAUUGUGCAAGAUGUAGAAACCCUGUCAAAACAGGUUCAAAAUGUUCGAAGUGUGGGGUGUUAUCACACAAUAGUUGCCUGAAAGCACUAAAAAAUGUGCAGUUCUUCAAAGAUGGCACAGUAAUUUGUUGUCAGGAGAAUGAAAAUUGCGCUCCAAUUGACAAAGAUAGUGAUUCUGUUUCGAUAAACGAUACGCAGAACGAAGCUGCUGAUAAAAUAACUAUCAAAUUCAUGGAACAACUCCUCAAGCAGAAAGAUUUGACGAUCACGAACCAGGAGAUAGCCAUUAAGUCUCUCACUGAACAGAUAGUACUUCUGAAAGAAAAAUUAUUAUAUGCGUCCAACAAAACCGAUCAACUGGCAUGGCCUCCAGUCUCAAAUCAAGUGCAGUCUAAAGAAAAAAGGGACAACCAGAAAAUCUCCUCUGGAAAUUCUACAGCUACAUCUUCAAAGAAACAGCAUAUCGCGAAGACUGAUCUAUCUAGUGCUGUACAUAAGGCAGAAACACAGCAGCUUUGCCAACAAAUAAUUGAUCUGGACAAGGGUCCUUCAACCUCAACUGACACAAAAAAUUCGAGACGUAUUCUCGUGGGCAAUAAAGGGGAUCCCACUGGUUGCCCUUUCAAGGCGUCUACCAAAAAUAUCAGAAAAUCUGACUUGCAUAAAAAUCUUCGAUAUUUCCAUGUCACAAAUCUAGACACAGAAACAGAUGAAACUGAGCUGUUGCACUAUCUGAAAAACUUUGCUCCCAAUGUACAAGUUGAAAAUCCAAUACCCAUAAAAAUGACUACAAGAAAUAAAAUAGAAGUAGCAGCUAUUGUGAAGGAAUCCAUAAACGAAUUCUUUCUUGACAAAGAAUUCAUCAGUCAAUUAACAAAAAAGAUAUCUGAGAGAAUAGAGCAAAAAAUAAGGAGACUUGAAGAAGAAGUAAAAACUCAAGGUAACAAAAUUAACAUAUUGGAACAAAAAGUGGAUAGUUUCCAACAACAAUUAGACGCUAUUCAUCAAAGAGCGAAGAUGAAUAACAUAUGCAUUUACGGGGUGGCCGAAGAAAAUAACGAAGACCUGCUGAACAAGGUUCUGGAUAUGAUAAAUUCCAAAACAAAUAUGACACUGAAUACCAACGACAUAAUGGAUGCUUACAGAGUAGGACAACCCCACGAAAUUCCAAACAAACCCAGGCCUACGAUAAUAAAAAUGGCUAGACCUCAACUAAAAUCUGAAAUAUUCAAAUGCGGUAGUAAAUUCAAAGGGUCCAAUAUUUAUAUCAAUGAAGACCUAACGAAGCUCAGAAGAUCCCUACUUAUGGAAGCAAAAUCUGUCUUUGGAGUCAAAAGUGUAUGGUCUUUCAAUGGACAAAUUUAUGCCACAAUUAAUGGAAAGAAAACCAAACUCAUUGGCAAGGAUGAUAUAACUAAAUACAGAAAUAUUUGA